AUGUCGGCGACCCGCAGCACUGGCUUCGGUCCGACGCCUGCAACAAACAGCAUUAUCGACGCUUUCAAGAAAGCUCCGCAAAAAGAGCUCACAUCUGGAUCGUUCACAGAGAACACGGCCGCAGCCAGCAACAAGAACGAUCGCAACAAGGACUGUCCUGCACACGCGGCAACCACUGCAUCCACGACAUUGCCGGCAGCGAGCACGAGAAGCAACGAGGCAACGCCGAAGGCAGCAGCUUCUACGUUGAUCUUCGACGAGAACCGCCAAGCAACAACGACCACGCCAUGCCACAGGCAGAGUUCGGAAACAUGCAACCAACUGGAGAUAGGCCAUCGUCCCAACAGCACCUCCUCUCACAAACGCUCGAAGGUCGAAGAAGACACAUCAGAAGGCGGCUUGGCAUUAUCGGAAUCGCCUGCGGAUGCAAAGGCCAGGAAGUUUCGCUUCGCGUUUGCCCACCUGUUGGACACCUGGAAUUACCACGCGCAGGCUCCGGAAAAGAAAGCUUCCAUCGAGAAGAAGCAUGAAGGAACAGAAGAUCAGGCCACGCAAACGAAAGCAACCAGCUCGAGAGAGACAUCAGAAGCCCACUUGACCCUUGCAGAACCGCCUGCGGAUGUGAAGGCCGGCAAGUUCCGCUGCAUGUCUGCUCCGGAAACAAAAGCUUGCAUCGAGAAGGAGCAUCAAGGAACAGAAGAUCAGGCCACAGAACCGCCUGCGGAUGCUCCGGAAACGAAAGCUUGCAUCGAGAAGGAGCAUCAACGAACAGAAGAUCAGGCCACACAAGAGGCCCCGAUGCCUUGUCUGGGGGAGCGAAUCAUGGUCAUCAAAGAGCCAUGGUUGCAACUCAUCCUCAACAAGCUGAAAACGAUGGAAAUUCGAUGCAGUCCCGCCGAACCGGGAAAGACAUGGCUGGCAUUCGACGGCCAAGUGUUCGGAGCGGCAUACAUCUCUAACUGCGUCCAGAUCACACGUGAGGAGUUUGAAGCCACCAGGGAGCAGCACCAACACUUGGGAGACAUGCCCCCCCACGCAAAGGUCUACGCGCUCACGCUGCAGAACAUCGUCCGACUGGAGUCGCCGGUCCCGCACUACCGGCCGCCAACGACAGCACCCUGGACGAUCUUUCGCACCGAGCCAGCCGAGAAGGCAAUCAGAGGGCCCAAAAGGAAGAGAGCCCUCCAGGCCUCACAAGAAGGGACUGCAGUCCUGCCGAUUCUGGGCAUGACCCUCCGCGAGACCCCGUCAGAACAAGAAGCAGGAAGUCCGACCUGCUCCGUCAUCUCAACGCCAGACAAAGAUGACGAGAAAGACGAGCCCACGGCCAAAAAGCAAGAUGCGAAGGACAAAGACAAGGAGAACGAGUCCUGA